AAAUUUCAAUAUGACUUCUGUGCUCCGAUCUCUCGAUUUAGCUACAAGUCCUAAAUCAUUGGUGUCUUAUCAAAGUGAUUCUUCUGAUGAAGAGAGAAGUAAUAAUGAUAAAUCUAAAACAGGUGAAAAGUCAAUCGAGAGCACUGUCAGAAUGGAUACUCUAAAAUCUAAGUUUCUUUUAAACAGCGCGCCAAUUGUUGAUGCUAAGGAAGGAAUUGAUUGGAGAAGACACAUCGAUCCUUCAAUGAAAGAAGUUACAUUUAAUGCAAAGUAUGACAUACUCUUUUCUGCUUCGAUUGGACCUCAAAAUCCGUUUAAAACGAAGCAGCAAAGAGCACAUAAAAAUAUGUUGUCUGGCUAUGUUGGGCCAGCUCAUAUCAGUAAAUUUCAAUUUGAUAAUCAACUAAAAACAUUCUCAAGUUACGAAAUCACAAAUUAUGCAUUAGAUCCAAGUGAUGACACAGCUCACAUUGAAGAGAAAUUUGUUGGGGAUGUUGAGAAAGCAAAGGAUAGCAAGGGAUUGACUGUGUUUGAAGCUACAAAACAGUGGGCGGGAGAUAAGAGGUAGAGAGAGGAUAGGGGAGAUCCUGGUGUGAAUGAUGGAUACAAGGGUACGAUUACUACAAUAAUCAUAACUUUUGAAAGGUUGUCCUACUAUCUCUUAUUCUCUGUUAUCCUAUAGGACCAUGAAGUAAGUUUGUUGAUGAAGAAACUAUUGCUAAACCAUCUGAGGAAGAGUCAACAAUCCUUGAGGAGUAUGAAUUAU